CUAGGAUUAUAGAAUUUCGGAUCUUCUACCGAGUCUGCCUUCUUGCCUUCCCUUGACCUUCUCUCGCUACUUCGUUUGCUCCCAGCCUCUCAGUCACAGCUGAACUCCCCAUCUCAUCGUCUGGGAAAGCUAAGUCCAAGCAGAAUAUUGUAAGGACAGGGCGAUCAGAUCACCUGCACAGAAGAAGAUGGGAACACUUGGGAAAGCGAUCUACACUGUCGGGUUCUGGAUUCGCGAGACUGGCCAAGCUAUUGAUCGUCUCGGCUGCCGCCUCCAGGGCAACUACUAUUUCCAAGAGCAACUAUCCAGGCAUCGGACAUUAAUGAAUAUAUUUGAUAAAGCUCCUGUUGUUGAUAAAGAUGCAUUUGUGGCCCCAAGUGCAUCUAUCAUUGGGGAUGUCCAAGUGGGAAGCGGAUCCUCAAUUUGGUAUGGAUGUGUUUUGAGAGGUGAUGUUAACAGCAUCAGUGUUGGAUCUGGAACUAAUAUACAAGACAACUCACUUGUGCAUGUAGCGAAGUCUAAUCUCAGUGGGAAGGUCUUACCAACAAUCAUUGGAGACAAUGUUACUGUAGGUCACAGUGCUGUCUUACAUGGCUGUACUGUUGAGGAUGAGGCUUUUGUUGGUAUGGGUGCAACCCUGCUUGAUGGGGUCAUUGUUGAGAAGCAUGCCAUGGUUGCUGGAGGAGCCCUUGUAAGGCAAAAUACAAGGAUUCCAUGUGGGGAGGUAUGGGGUGGUAAUCCAGCAAAGUUCUUGAGGAAGCUCACAGAGGAAGAGAUUGCGUUCAUCUCUGAGUCAGCCACCAAUUAUUCAAAUUUAGCACAGGUCCAUGCUUCUGAGAAUGCAAAGAGCUUUGAUGAGAUUGAGUUUGAGAAGGUGCUACGCAAGAAAUUUGCUCGUCGAGAUGAGGAGUAUGAUUCCAUGCUUGGAGUUGUUCGUGAGGUGCCUCCACAGCUUAUCCUUCCUGAUAACAUCUUGCCGGAUAAAGCACCCAAGGCUUCAUAAAGUGAGGAUUCAGCAUAAGUGGGGUGUCUUUAACUUUUACAUGAAGGGAUAUUUGUCUUUAUGGAAAAUGGCUUCAUUUCUUCUUUAAUAAUUUUUGGAAACCCGGCCAUGUUUUUGGAUCAAUCAAGGUGUGCCUUUCUGUCUUUUACUUGUUCUCUCUUCUCUCUGGUUUAUCAGGAACUCCACUUCCAGAGAAAACUAAUGCUACGGGAACUAGAUGUUUCUGCACUUUGUAUCCAAGAUACGUAUUUUUUCGGGAGAUCUUCUUGUUUUGUACUUACGAUUUAUGAUCAUUUGCAAUAUUUGGAAUAACUAAUACACUAGAAAUCGAAACUUUUUGUAUCA